CAACAGUCAGCAACAGUAGCUUGGAACAGGACCCCUGUGUCCAGUCCAGUGAAAAUCUGGAAAACCAGGAAUCCUGGCAGCUUUCCAGAACAACCCUGCUGGUGCUCUUUCCUCCAAAAGUUAUGUGUAAAAGAUCAUAAACCAUCUUGGAUAGCGGUGAUAGAUCAGAGUAGACAUCAUUCUAACAGCACCAUGGGAGCAACUGACACUUUUUUUCUCACUAGCUUUUUUAUCUUCUGUGUAGAACUGACUUGCUUCAUUGGAGGUGUCCCACAUCCAGCCAAAGUGAAACCUGGUGUCUGUCCAUACACUGACGCCAUCUGUCAUGGAGGACCUAUUGGAAAUCGAUGCAAGCAAGAUGACCAGUGUCCAGGUGCAAGGAAAUGCUGUCCUGGCUCUUGUGGGCAAGCCUGCUUGUUACCAGAGAAUGUGAAACCAGGAGUUUGUCCAGUGCAAUACACAGUUUGCCGAGCAGCCUUUGAUGUAUGUGAGAAGGAUGAUGAAUGUCCAGGAAUAAAAAGAUGCUGUGAGGGUAAUUGUGGGACAGUGUGUCGCACACCAGAAAAAGAAAAACCAAAGAAAUGCCCAAAAGAUAUUAUAAAAUGUCCAACUAAAGGACCAUAUGAAUGUAAUAAUGACUCUGAGUGCAAAAAGGAGAAAAAAUGCUGCUUCUUAAAGUGUGCCUUGCGCUGUGUGGAACCAUAUUAAGGUCUAAUUCCAGGGCCUUCUAUAUAAGAAGAAUUGUUUCAGGAAUUUGUUAUCAUACUCAAGAAGCUCUCACUGGAUCCUGGCAAUUUGAAGAUAUCAUUUGCAUGAAGUUUCUAGUAAACUUGCCAAUGGCACAA